AUGUCCCACAAGCGAUCGCGCGCUGCUUACGAGGCUGAUUUAACUGCGCAACAAUCUCCCUACGUCUUCUUCGGCACGCCGCUUCCACCGCUCGAUCCCGACGUCCGGGACGACGGCUCCUACGUACCGAUAUGGAAGCAAGAAGCACGGGAUGAGCGGGGGAGGAAGCGAUACUUUAAUACCGUUGGCUCCAAGGAAGGAUGGACCCCCUCGAGCUUCGUAUCGUCGCGCACGAAACGCUGGAAAGAUGACCCCAACAAAGUCGAACAACGUCCAGAAGACUUUAUGGACGAGGAGGACCUGGCAGAUCUUGAGGAAUCCAGGAAACUACAGACAAGGGAGGCCUUCUCCGGCCUCGGAUCCACGGCCGACGAUGCUGUACGCGCGAGUGGGCUGAUGGGCCUAUUCCGCGUCGAGGGCGAAACAAUGGGCGUGAAACUUCUCAAGAAGAUGGGCUGGAAGGAAGGUCAAGGGAUUGGCCCAAAGGUCCGCAGGAAAGCCCGCCUUGGUUUGGGUAGUGACGCGAAUAUCACCGAGGAGACACAUCUCUUCGCUCCAGAUAAUGUUCCAAUGAUCAGCUUCGUUCGAAAAACGGACCAUAAGGGACUCGGAUACGCUGGCGAGACAGGGUUAACGCCACUAAGCAAGGCCAAUGGUCAAAACGAGUCAGACGAAGAGGACGAAGACGAUGGUGGAAUUGGAAGCUUAGGCAGGCCCAGAUUCUCUUUAACCACCGAACGAAAGAAGGGGCCGCAGAGGCCUCGAGGCAGCAUCGGUGUCGGCAUUCUGAACGACACAGGUUCUGACGACGAAGAUCCAUACGAGCUGGGCCCCAAGAUAUCUUACAAUCGAGUAAUAGGCGGUGAUAAACAGAAGAAGAAGACCGCGACAGCUACCAAUCCGACACUGAAAUCUAAGCCAACGUUUGUUUCAUCGAAAAGCAAGGCCCUGGGGAAGGUUGCCCUUGGAAUCAUCGCAGAGGGAAAGUAUCCUCCUCCUCGCAUCCCUCCAGGCUGGGUUUCGUCAAAGAAGCCCACAUCAUCAGCUAAGCAACCGGCUGGCUACGUCUCGACAGCAGAAGCUGCCAAGUCGUCGACCUUGGACCCUAGGGCCCGUGCAGCAAUACUUGGUGAAAAACAACUGCCAGGGAAGUCCGUCUUUGACUUCUUGUCACCAGAGGCUCGAGAGCGUCUGGUCGCUGCGACAGGCAAGAAAGAUUUACCUCCAGCUCGUGGGGAAGUUCCUGCAGAAUAUGCGCUCAGUGAAGACGAGCGAUUGAAGAAGCUGUUGGCCCAAGUCCCGCGCUUAGAUAAAGAAACAGCCGUGGCCGCCAUCACCAGGGGAGCUAGCGGCGCGGCACCUUAUGCGGACGACGAGGCCAAGCGGUCCCGUUAUCUGUCCUUCCUCGAGUGGCAAGCCGGCUUCAAGUCAUCCCCUGGAGCGCGCACACCAAAAAUGAAGGACGAUGACUGGCUGAGGGAGCUCCAUGAGUUUUACAAUUGUGCCAGAAUCUUCAAGCCCAUGACGGGCUUCAUGGCCAGCCGGUUCACAACCUCAUCAGCAGCGAAGCCCGGCAGCAGCUCGGAUGGCGGAGCCAGCAAUAACUCUUGCUCACAGACCCCGACUAAGCCCCAGGAUCCUACCGAAGAAGCAGCCAAGCUGGGCAUGUUUGGACCAAUGACCAGGACGGUCACGGAAUUUUAUCCCUCUCGCCUGCUGUGCAAGCGAUUUGGCGUGAAUCCUCCAGAGCAUGUACGGUCGGAUGAGUAUCCUGCAAACAAGUCGAGAUUUGAUGCUUCCUCGAUUGGGGGCUGUUCGGCUGCUUCGACCGGGCCAACAGAGGAGGGAACAAAGCCAGCUUGGAUGCCUACUGGAAAGGCAGUUGUUGUUGUCGAUCCGAGCAGAAACGAAGCCCUUGAAGCGAAGAGAGCUGGCGAGGAAGUGUUCAAGGCCGUAUUCGGCGAUAGCGCGUCGAGCUACACCGCAAACGCGAGCAGCUCGUCGUCCGGGCCAUCACUUCGACGCAGCGUUGAGGAGUACGCAGGCAUCCCAGAGGACCCGCUCCCCGAUACCAAGCCCGAAAAGGGGACAACACAUCUAGCCUGCUUCACCGCCGCCGCCGUCGAGGUCAACAGCGACACCGACCGAAGAUUUCCUUCGCGCGAACCGUCCCCUCCGCCGAAGUAUUCUUCGUUUGAGGCUUCGAGCCCCAACCUUCGGCCGCCGCCCCCGUCCUUUUCGUCUCUCUAUCCUUCGGCUGACGACUACGAUUCUGCUGCGCCAUCGUAUUGCUGCAAGUCUGUUGCCAGCGGCCCCGACACAGAGCUCGACCCGCUUCCUCCUCCCCCUUCUCCUCCAGGCGACGCGCCGGCGUACGAACCGUCUCCCUACCGCGACUCCAAGGCACAAGUAGCAGCAGUAGCAGUAGCGAAAGCAUACCCAAAAGAGGUAUCAUCCACCGAUCCUUCGGACUUUGCCGUUCUUCGGUUCCAGGACGAGACCAAGCGCGCGCUCCCAGAGGACACAAGCGCCAAAAAGAAGGGCUAUUACGACGACGACGACGACGACGGUGCUGGUGAACCGUCGCGAGGAGCAGGCCAUUCUUCUAGAGACGAAGACGAACCGCCGCCGGCGUAUUCGGAGGGUGAUAUCCCCCUCCAGUCGUUCACAUACCUAAUGGCGGCCGCAGGAGGUCCUUCGAGCAUCAUCACGCAGGUCCAGCAGGGCGGGCCACCGCUGAAUCCGUUAGGAGAUGCCCCUAGCGAUGAGACCAUCACACUGGAUCUACGGGGUACCCGUUUCACCCUAACCAGAGAUGAGCUCUUGACACUACCUGAAUUCGUCCUCCUGUCGCUGUUCCCCAACGGCCUGUUCCCCGAAGGGCAUAUGGGCGGCUAUGGCUCGGAGCAGGAUCCGAUACAAGUCGAUUAUGACCCCGCUGGUCUGCAAUACAUGCUCGAUUUCUUCCGUAAAGUGGCGAACAGCCUGCCACCCGAGGGUGAGGCUGAUGACGCCAAGGACGACAGCCAGCGUCGUGCGGGCAUCAUCGUGCUGCGCGAGGACCUCGACUUCUAUGCGAUCCCACCGUGGCGCGACAUCGAGCAUCACGAGAUGCUCGAGGUCAAGCGUGCCGCUGCCCGGGCUCUUCUCAAGCAGGAUGGCAUCUUUGCUGGUCUCAAGAAGAGCGAUGAGCCGGGCACCACCGAGGCGCAUCUCAUUGAGAUGCUGACAGCUGGCGGUUUCAACCACGACGACUGCUGGGGCCACCGUGCAGGUGAGCCAAACAAGGCGGUGAUCUGCUCGUUGGCACUGGCCCGCCUGCGCUCCGACAUCCGCGGCGACGGCCUGGGCGGCGCGUCCGGCCCCGUCGGCAUGGCCCAGAAGCUGCUGCUCUUCUGGCGCAAGCCAGCCCGCCGCUGCUGGUGGGAGGGCGUCGAGCUCGAGAAUGUUGAGGGCUUGCCCAAGGGCCAGAAGCUCAAGGUGUGGAUCCGGAGGGUCUGGACGCUGGAGAUGAGUGUUAUUGGGCUGCGUUAA